UUUAACUCGCUAUCUGCCCCCGAUUGUCACCUCUCCACCACCGUCAUCAUCAUAGUCAUUUACGCCGUCUUCAAUAAAAUUAAUUGUCAUCGUCGAUGAACGCUGAUUUUCGAGCGGUUAAUUUUCUCCGUCGCGAUUUAUUCCGCUGAACUAUUUACUUAUUUACAUUUCGCAUCGUUAAAAUCGUCGUUGUCAUUACCUCGGCGGUGCUGUUUUUAUUUUUAUUAAUUUUUUUAUUUUUAAAUUACCUCGCGUUAAUAUCUGAUUUGUAGUGAAAACGUCAUCGGACUCCUGAAUACUCACUACGCGUGCAUCGUUAUCAUACUGACCGUAAUAAUACAAAGGCCGUGUACUCCACGAUUCGGUUUUUUAUUGUCCGAUGUCUGGUGCUGAAGUACUAGACACUACCUGUGAAUUGCCGGCCAAGAAGCGUAAACUGGCUUCCGGUGAAUUGUCUACAGUGUCAGUCGACUCAGUAUCUAGCAAUCUAACAAUGUCUAAAAACGGUGUGGGUGAAAUCGACGAAGGUCUGUACUCGCGGCAGCUGUAUGUGUUGGGUCACGAUGCCAUGCGAAAAAUGGCCUCGUCUGACGUUCUGAUCAGUGGUCUUGGUGGCUUGGGUGUCGAAGUUGCCAAGAACGUCAUACUUGGUGGCGUAAAAUCGGUUACAUUACACGACUCAGUCGCAUGCACUUUCAGAGACCUGUCAUCUCAAUUUUAUUUGACCGAAAAUGAUAUUGGCAAAAACAGAGCUGAAGUCAGUUGUCCUAAGUUGGCUGAACUCAAUUCAUAUGUACCCGUCACCGCUUACACCGGUCCUCUGUCUGAAUCAUAUAUCAAACAAUUUACAGUAAUUGUUUUAACUGAAUCUACAUUGGAUGAACAGUUGCGUAUAUCGGAAAUUACUCAUCCAAAUGGUAUUGCUCUUAUUGUUGCUGAUACAAGAGGUGUGUUCUCUCAAGUAUUCUGUGACUUUGGCGAAGAUUUCACUGUAAUUGAUGCUACUGGUGAAAAUCCAAUUUCCGUCAUGGUGGCUGGUAUAACAAAAGAAGAACAAGGUGUAGUAACUUGUAUGGAUGAAUCUCGCCAUGGUUUUGAAGAUGGAGAUUAUGUAACAUUUCAAGAAGUACAGGGUAUGUCUGAAAUUAAUGGCUGUAAACCAAAAAAGAUAACUGUAUUAGGGCCUUAUACAUUUAGCAUUGGAGAUACUACAUCUUAUUCAGAUUAUGUUAAAGGUGGUAUUGCUACUCAAGUAAAAAUGGCAAAAAAAUUAUGUUUCAAAUCUCUAAAAAAUGCAUUAGCUGAACCAGAAUAUCUAGUUUCUGAUUUUGGAAAGUUUGACAGACCUUCCCAGUUACAUUUAGCUUUCACAGCUUUUCAUAAAUUUGUUUCGGUUAAUGGUCGUUUGCCUAUUCCUUGGAGUUCUGAUGAUGCAAAUUCAUUUUUGAAAUUGGCUGAAAGUAUAAAUACUAAUUCCAUAGAACUUGAUGCUGAAUUAUUGAAGACUUUUUCAAAAGUUUGUGCUGGUAAUAUUAAUCCAAUGACAUCUUUUAUUGGUGGUAUUGUAGCUCAAGAAGUUAUGAAAUCAUGUUCUGGUAAAUUUAGUCCAAUUUUCCAAUGGCUUUACUUUGAUGCUACAGAAUCUUUGCCUGAAGAAAUUUUAGAAGAAGAUGCAAAGCCUAUUGGUAAUCGUUAUGAUGGUCAAGUAGCUAUUUAUGGACAAAAAUUCCAAUCUAUUUUAGGAAAUUUAAAAUAUUUCGUUGUUGGCGCUGGAGCUAUUGGAUGUGAAUUAUUGAAAAAUUUUGCAAUGAUGGGUGUUGGAUGCGGCAAUGGUAAAAUUUAUGUUACUGAUAUGGAUUUGAUUGAAAAAUCAAAUUUAAACAGGCAGUUUUUGUUUAGACCACAUGAUGUUCAAACAUCAAAAUCUGAAACUGCUGCUAAAGCUAUAAAACUUAUGAAUCCAAAUGUAAAUGUAGAACCACAGACGAAUAGAGUUUGUCCAGAAACUGAACAGACUUAUAAUGAUACCUUUUUUGAAAAUUUGGAUGGUGUGGCAAAUGCUUUGGAUAAUGUUACUGCUCGUAUAUAUAUGGACAGACGUUGUGUUUUCUAUAAAAAACCUCUUUUAGAAUCUGGAACAUUGGGAACAAAAGGUAAUACUCAAGUUGUUAUACCAAAUUUGACUGAAUCAUAUAGUACAUCUCAAGAUCCUCCAGAAAAAAGUAUACCAAUUUGUACUCUUAAAAAUUUUCCAAAUGCUAUUGAACAUACAUUGCAGUGGGCUAGAGACUUAUUUGAAGGACUUUACAAACAAACUCCAGAAAAUGUUAAACAGUUUUUAGAAGAUCCUACAUUUAUUGAACGUACAAAUCGCUUACCUGGAUUACAACCUAUAGAAAUUAUGGAAAGCAUCAGGGUAUGUGUGACUGAACGUCCUAAAAAUAUUGAUGACUGUAUUACUUGGGCUAGAAUACACUUUGAAGAUCAGUUUACUAAUCAAAUCAAACAACUUUUAUUCAAUUUUCCACCAGACCAAACUACUUCUAGUGGUCAACCAUUUUGGUCGGGACCUAAACGUUGUCCUAAACCAAUUGUGUUUGAUGUGAACAAUCCAUUACAUUUGGAUUAUAUCUUUGCAGCAGCUAAUUUAAGGGCAGAAACUUAUAACAUAAGUCAGGUUAGGGAUCGCGUCUAUAUUGCCAAUGUUGUGUCUUCGGUUAAAGUUCCUGAAUUUAUUCCUAAAUCUGGUGUAAGAAUUGCUGAAAAUGAUUCACAAAUUACUAAUGGAUCGUCAAAUUAUGACCAAAGUAAACUGACUAAGGUGCAAAAGGAUUUACCUUCAGCUGACUCAUUAAAACAUAUAAAAAUAGUUCCUUUAGAAUUUGAAAAAGAUGAUGAUAAUAACUUGCAUAUUGAUUUUAUUGUAGCUGCAUCAAAUCUUAGAGCUACUAAUUAUGAAAUUCAACCAGCUGAUAGACAUCGAAGUAAACUUAUUGCUGGAAAAAUUAUUCCAGCAAUUGCUACUACAACUUCAGUUGUUGCUGGUCUUGUAUGCCAAGAAUUUAUCAAAUUAGCUUGGGGAUUUAAAGAUUUGGAAAAAUACAAAAAUGGAUUUGUAAAUUUAGCUUUACCAUUCUUUGGUUUUUCUGAACCUUUAUUGGCUCCAAAAUCCAAAUAUUAUGAUAUUGAAUGGACUUUAUGGGAUCGUUUUGAAGUGGAAGGCGAAUUAACAUUAAAUGAAUUUUUAAAUUACUUUAAAGAAAAACAUGCAUUGGAAAUCACUAUGCUGUCUCAAGGAGUUUGUAUGUUAUAUUCCUUUUUUAUGCCAAAAGCAAAAAGAGAAGGACGGAUCAACACUAAAAUGUCUGAAAUUGUACGUAAUAUAUCAAAGAAAAAGAUUGAAUCACACGUUAAAUCAUUAGUCUUUGAAAUAUGUUGCAAUAACGCAGAUGGUGAUGAUGUAGAGGUACCUUAUGUCAAGUACAAUUUGCCAUCAGACUUUCAAUAUUAAAAUGUUUUGUCAAAGCUUCAGUUAAAUUGUUGAAGCAUAUAUUGGUUAUAAAAGGUCAAGCCAAUUGAGUAAUUUAUUGCCUUAUAAUUAUAUUGUAAUUACUUUUUUAUAAUU